CAUAAAUUUCGAGAUGCCAUGUCCCUCAAGAUAACGAUCACAUCAAAGCACACACUUCACCUCAUCAACCGUUACACUCAUAUUGAAGUGUACUUUACUGGUCCUACCCAGCACUGUCCAUUAGUACGUAAGCUACUCACAACAGCUAUUGAUAAUAGCAGUGAUGCCAUGCACCUCAAGCAUAAUUACGUCAAUGCAUUUGCUUGCCCUUACAAUGAGAGCUGCUACUGUAUUGUAAAUGAAGAUGAUUGUACAGUUUGUGGUAAACCUACUGAUAUUAGCAAUGACUACAGUAUCUGGUUUAAUGAUGCACAAGGACCUGUUGAGAGUAACAAUGGAACACAAAAACAAGUUAAUGAUCAGUCACCAGCUGAAAACCCCCUGUUAGACAAGAUACCAGAAACAGAUGAUCUCAUGAAGUUGUUCAUUGAUUCUGCUGUCCAUUAUAUGAUCAUUGGUAUUGGAUUGUCUGUCAAUGUGACUGACCUCACUCCUCUUCCUCAUCUAACCAUACUCAAUCUCAUUCAAGUGUUCCAGAGGUGGAGUGACUCCAAUAAUGACGUCACUUGGGCUAAGAUUCUAAAAGUCUGUCAAAAUUUCCCUAAUCAGCUUGGAAAAGUAGAAGCUGACAUCAACAAGUUCCUCUUGUCACCUGAAGCUCGUGACAAAUAUUUAAAAUGUGACAAAUAAUAAGAAUGAUUCAUUUUUAUGCAUCUUGCCUUAUGACAUUGAUUAGUACUAAUAUUGAUUAUUAUUAUUAUUGAUAUUAUUUUUGGUUGUCUGCUUUCUUGUUUAAUUAUUAAAAAGUAUUUUCUCUAUUUUCAACUGUCAAGUCAA